CUGUAGCAUGCUCACCUACUGACGUCCAAGUGGAAUGUCGCGCGUCUAUAUAGCUAGAUACCCCUGGUUGCACUCCUCACUCACCUCAUCCCUGGCCUAGGCCUUCCUCUCUCUAGUCUCUCAUCGCCACCUCGCUCCAGCAGCAGCUUCUAUCUCGAUCUAGGGAGAGAUCAAGUGAGGAGAGGGUGCAGCCAUGGCGGACGCGGUGGAUGCUCGCCGGGUCUGCGGGAUGCCGGAGAAGGCGCAGCUCCACGUGGCGAUGCUGGCGCUGCAGUUCGGCUACGCCGGCUUCCACGUCGUGUCCCGCCUCGCGCUCAACAUGGGGAUCAGCAAGCUCGUCUUCCCCGUCUACCGCAACAUCAUCGCGCUCUUCCUCCUCGUCCCCUUCGCCUACUUCCUCGAGAAGAAGGACCGCCCCAGGCUCACCCUCGGCCUCGCCGUCCACUUCUUCUUCCUCGCCCUCUGCGGCAUCACCGCCAACCAGGGCUUCUACCUCCUCGGCCUCGACAACACCUCCCCCACCUUCGCCUCCGCCAUCCAGAACUCCGUGCCGGCCAUCACCUUCGGCAUGGCCGCCGCGCUCCGCAUCGAGAAGGUGCGCCUCGACCGCCGCGACGGCGUCGCCAAGGUGCUGGGCACGCUCGCGUGCGUCGCAGGCGCGUCCGUCAUCACGCUCUACCAAGGCCCCACCAUCUUCGCCCCUACCGGCGACGACAAGCCGUCGUUGCAGGAGGUGCCGUUUCUGGCGGCCGUGGCCGGGGAGGGCAAGAACUGGACGCUGGGGUGCGUGUACCUCAUCGGCCACUGCCUCUCGUGGUCCGGCUGGCUGGUGCUGCAGGCACCCGUGCUCAAGAAGUACCCCGCGAGGCUGUCGGUCACCUCCUACACCUGCUUCUUCGGCGUCAUCCAGUUCCUCAUCAUCGCCGCCUUCUUCGAGAGGGACGCCGGCGCCUGGGUCUUCCACUCCGGCUCCGAAGUCUUCACCAUCCUCUACGCCGGUUUCAUCGCGUCCGGCGUGGCGUUCGCAGUGCAGAUCUGGUGCAUCGACCGCGGGGGCCCGGUGUUCGUGGCCGUGUACCAGCCCGUGCAGACGCUCGUCGUCGCCAUCAUGGCCUCCCUCACCCUCGGCGAGAAGUUCUACCUCGGCGGGAUCAUCGGCGCCGCGCUCAUCAUCACUGGCCUCUACCUCGUGCUCUGGGGCAAGAGCGAGGAGAGGUCGCGCAUCGGCAAGGAGGCGCUCAUGGCCGCUGCGUCCCCAGCUUCCUCCGGCGGCGGCGAGCGCGAGGUCCGGAGCGCCAAGCUGGCCUCCUCCAUCACCCAGCCUCUCCUGCCGCCUUCCUCCACCACCUCUGACAACGUCUGAAACUUAAUUGUGCUACCUUACUACUGUGAGGAGUUUUCUCGUUUAAAUUCAGGCGGGCAUGCAUUGCAUGCACGCCUAUGGUGUGGUGAGCGAGUAUGCAGACGGAUUUGAUUAAAACUAGCUAGGGUUGUUUGGAUCGUGCUUGAUUAUGGUGUGUGCAUUAAGGCUUGUCAAUUGGAGUAGAUCAGAAAACUUGUGCUUGAUGUAUUGGUACCCUAUCUAAUUAUUAUUACUAUCACAAUAGGGUUUGUCACUAU